AUGACUGGUUCAUCUGGUUCUCCUUGUGGAGCUUGCAAGUUCUUGAGAAGAAAAUGUGUGAGAGGUUGUGUUUUUGCACCUUAUUUCUGCCAUGAACAAGGUGCUUCUCACUUUGCUGCCAUUCACAAGGUUUUUGGUGCAAGCAAUGUCUCAAAGUUGCUUGCUCAUCUCCCUGUGAGUGAUCGGUGCGAAGCCGCCGUAACAAUCUCCUAUGAAGCUCAAGCUAGGGUUCAAGAUCCCAUCUAUGGUUGUGUUUCACAUAUCUUUGCUCUCCAACAACAGGUUGUGAAUCUUCAAGCACAACUAGCAUCUCUCAAGGAACAAGCAGCUAGAACAUUUGUCAACGGCUCUGGUGCCGUAAACCCUAAUGAGAAAUACUAUGGAAAACAAGCUUUUUUCCACACACAAGAUGUUCAAAGCUGGCUUCAUCAGCAACUGGAGAGUACUAGUUCAAACAUGGUGCCACAAUUCAAUAUUCCAAACCUCACCAACAACCAUGACAAUGGAGUUUUUGGUGUGAACACAAUGGGAGACUAUGGGAAUUCAGUCAAUCCAGAAGACAAUACCACGUUUGAUAGCUUCGAAGAGGCUUCGAAUUCGAUCGACGUGCAAACAAACAGCUGGAAUUUCCAGGGCUGCAGUACUGACGACCUUCAGUCGGUGGCGUUUGGUUACAUGAGACAUUCAUGA